AUGCGCGGACUCAUCGUUCUGCUGGCUAUCCAGGUCACUGUCGCUAUACUUGUCAAUGGUAGUGGUGCUGUCGAGAUUGAUACGCUCGCAGCGAUUCGAUCUGGGGUCGUUCAAGAUCCUGCUGUGGCUGGCCAUGCCACCAACAAUGCCCAGCGGCUACUGAGAAAGCAUGAGCCUGUCCACGAUGACACCGAGCAUGAUACAGAGUCAACUGACGAAGAGAGAGAUCUUUCGGCAGCUGUUAAAGCGUUUGCUGAGAAGCUAAAAAGUAUCUGGACCGUCAGGAAAGUUGAUGACGCAGUUAACGAUAUACCCAAGUUCAAAGGAGUGGGGCAAGCAGACCACAUCGACGAAUCAAUUAACGCAUUGCUCGUUGGCAAGAGCGCUGAUGAUGCUCACAAAGACAUGAUGGCACGACUGAUGACGUCGAUUAAAACGUUGGAUAAGCAGGGAUUCACUCCCAAAACAUUGGAAAGGUACAUCGCAGAAAAGAAGGUGGUAUUACGCCGGAAGAAGCCCAUUACUAUGAGCCCUUAUUCCUUUCGUAUUGGAAUGCAGUCCACGCCAAGUAGAACCUGGCAUGAGGUCGUGUGUAAUGCUGUGGAGGCAGCGGGUACAUAG